GUUCACUGCCAGGGUGCCUUUCCCCUAAUAAAAUAAGGACAAUGCAGAUUAAAGGGGUUUUUCAUCUUCAGGGGCCUAUUGGGCAGAUCCCGACAUGUCGCCAGACCUGUGGAGGUAAACAUACUUACCUGCUCCCUACUACUUGGUUCUGGCUUCUUCUCUCCCCCACCGUCAGACUCUGGUCCCCAUGUGUCAACAUCCAAUUUGCUGGUGAGGGACUAUGGACUUCAGCAUUGGAGUGGUGGAAGAUUUAAAAGAAUCUAUACCUUGAGAUUGAACCGGAAACCAUUACAACACCAGAGAAGACUGAAUUCCACAGUGAUCAGCCUGAAGCAGAGAUCACCGUCCAAAUCACUGACUCUGUUCGCAUAAUAUAAUGUAUGAAGCAGGAGUAGGAAGCUUCUUUUUUGUUCUUGUGUAUUUGCUGAAAUUAGCUGUUCUGCAGUAUGUUGAGGAUGAUGAGUGCCUUGGUCAUUGUCCUAGGAACAACUACACAAAUAUGGAUUCAUCAUUACCAAAAGAUAAAGCGAAUAUUUCUGAUGACAUAAGACAAAGACACCUACCUGAACUGUGGCCGUUAUCAAAUCAAUCUGUGCAAUAUUUCUGUGCAGUGCAGCAGAACAGAACAUAUGAAGUAAAGAACUUCCCACUGAAAGAGAAGAGUGGUCCAUACUGUAAUGUUUCCUCUUCAGCAGAAUCAUUAAGAAAAACUUUGGGAGACCCUGUAAUAAUAACUAUUCCUGAUUUGUAUAACACCUGCAAUUACUUUACAAGUUGGUAUAAGGACUGUAAAGAGUAUGUGAAGAAUACAAGUGAAGUAUCAUUUACAUCUGUACAGCAGUCAGACUCCGCUGUAUACACAUACAUUAUUACCCAUAUGUACAAUGGGGAACACUACAGUGUUUGUGGGAAGAUAUGGCUUAUAGUUACAGCACAGAAAAAGAAGAAACUGACGAACAACCGAAUUGCUAGGUUAAAAAGACAAAGCCGAAGUUCAAAAGGCCAUAGAGAAAAUAUAAUGCCAAGAAUCUUAGGUAUUGGGAAUAAAACAAUAGUAGAAGUAGAAAUUGGAAAAAAUUAUAGCAUUAAAUGUGAAGCAUCAAUUACAAAAACUGACCAAAAAAAUGCACAUCUUUACUGGGUAAGAACAAACAGAAGUAACAUUGACAAUCCUGAUGACAUUUUGGAUCCAUGUACUUCAACCAUGAGCAAAACUUGCACAGGGAAAAUAGAAUCCACAAAUUCUACUCAGAGUACUGACCUGUACUUAAUAAAUCUAAGUGAUGAUGAUAUAAACUAUCCAUAUAUAUGCAAAUUGGACUCCUUUAAAGGCGGAGACAUGAGACUAUUUGAGCUCAAAUUAAAAGAUAAGAGCCAAGAUCUUUCUAAGAACGUCUUCACAAAAUCAAUUAUUGCAUCUAUCAUUUGCUCUGUCUUAAUUGUUUUUCUGAUCUGCUUGUGCAUAAUGUUCAGGAUGCAAAUUGUUCUCUUAUACCGCAGUUUAACUGGAGUAGAUGAGACUAUUGGAGAUGGAAAAGAAUAUGAUGCUUACCUGUCUUUUGAAAGUUCUUCCUCCUGUGAAUCAGAUGAAAGACAUUUUGUAUACCAGACUCUUGCUCCAAUCUUAGAAGAUAGUUUUGGCUAUAAACUUUGUAUUUUUGAGAGAGAUGUAGUUCCUGGAGGAGCUCAGGUUGAUGACAUGAACUCAUUUCUUGAAAAGAGCAGAAGAUUAAUCAUUGUGUUAUGCAAUGACUUCCCUUCAUGCAAAGCAAUGUAUGAACUUGAGAGUGGUUUACACAAAGCGAUGGUGGAGAGGAAGAUUAAAGUCAUUUUGAUUGAAUCCACACCUUUAAGUGAGCAAAGCUUCCAGCUAGAAUCUCUGCAACUUCUUAAGAUGAAAAAUAGAGUCAAAUGGAAAGGGGAUAAGUCUCGUCCUCUUAAUUCACAAUUUUGGAAACAAAUCCAAUAUUUAAUGCCAGCAAAGCCUAUCAAGUCAAGUAGUCGUUUUUCCACACUAAAAGCAAUAUCGGUAGAUGUUAGUGGAGAAAUGUCCUGAGGCAUGAGUAGUUAAAAAUCUCUUCAAAAUUGAUCCAGGACUGACAUAAUUUUAUUUUUUCAUGGCUAAAUGGUGGAAUUUCUGAGCGACUUUAAAAUGAGUAGUUACUUUUUUCCUCUACUGAGUAAUAUUAAAAGCACCUGGAAACCUGUUAAUUGUUCAUUAAGGUUUGGAUUACUCUUUAGAAGAAUUGUCUUACCAAAACUUGGUGUGUAGCUCUAGCCUAAAGUAGACCAAUUAUGAUAUACAAUAUUUAUUGUACACUCCAUAACAGUGAAGUUGCACCAAGAAGGACAUGCCGUAAAAUCGAGGAAUUAGCAGGUGUCAUUGAGAUCACAUUUUCAAGCACCUAGCUCUAAUCUGUGGCAUAUGGAAGAGCCAUACAAGCCAGAUUGAAAGCAGUUUUUAUCUACAUAAAACCUCAAAAAUCGGAUCAAAUUAUGUGGUAUAUUUGUGUGAUGUCUCCUAUUUGCUGACUUGCCAGUUAUUACCACUUGUCGUAAACUAAGAAGGACAGAAUUUAUAAACUUAUGGACCUUUGUUUAUUAGGCAGAUUGCUAUGCGCCUAGGCGUCAGCACCGCAUGCCUCAGUGGUUGGGAGAACAGUGACGAAUUGGAAUAGCAGCAAGCAGUGCACAGAGGUGUACCUCUGCAUGGAUGGACCAUCUAACUUAGAAGUAUGGCGUGUUUUAAUCCAUUCUGAACGGCAAGUGAAAGUAGACAUCACAUCUCAGGUGAACAGGUGGCAAACAGUGUCUACACAAACCAUCAGAAGGAUUUUGCAUGAUAUAGGGCUAUGAGCCAAUCAUCCAGCUACAGAUGUUCCAUUGACCUCAUGCCACCGCUCUCAAAGACUAUCAUGGUGCACAGCAAGACAGUGAUGGAGGCUGGCCUAGAGUUUUAUUCUCUGCAACGAAAAGGCCCGCUUUUGUCUCGGAUGUAGACAUAGUCAGACAUUGGUCUAGGGAUUACAUGGGAAACGCCAUGAAGAGGCCUUCACAAGGGAACAUCACACUGGUCCUACUCUCAUGAUUAUGGUGGCAAAAUGUAUGGUAGCCAGACUCCUAUAGUUUUCAUUUCAGGUACACUAACAGCUUGCUAUUAAAUUGAUUUGGUUGUGGAACCAGUGGUAUGGCCAUUUAUCCAAAAUGUCCAAUUUUUCAACAUGACACCAGGCAACAUGUUCCUCAUCCUACUGUGAGCAGCCUGUGUGGUAUAAAUGUGCUACCAUGGCCUGCAGUGUCUCCAGACUUGUUUCCCAUCAAGCACAUCUGGGACGUCACUGGUUGCAAUUUCAAAGGGAGUUGUCAGCAGCAGAUCUUGAUGACUUGUGUGCCCAAGUGCAUUCAGUGUCGCAGAACAUUCCUCAGACAACCAUUAAUAACCUCAUUAAUAGCAUGCCAAGGUGUGUAAAUGGGUGUAUUUCUGCAGCUGGCACUCGAUACUGGAUAAAAUUAGAUGUUUUGUUUCCAUUUUUUAUUUGCAUAUCAUUAACAUGUUUAUCAAUCCUGUGAUCUCCAUAAUUUCCAUAAUUUUCCUUCUUAGUGUAGAUUAUUUGGUUUGCAUAUAGGGCAUAAUAGAAAUUAUAUUCAAAACAGAGACAAAACUGUGUUCCUACAGGCCCCUGCUCUCCAAUGAAUGAUCAGUUCAGUUUGCUUACAGCCAGACAGGCAAAUGCUUUCUAAACCAGGUCAUUCAGGGGGAAGAGCUUACAAUAAUUGUACAUACCUGUAACAAAAAAUAUUAACAUUUCUUAAAUUAGGAAUGAACUGAUGAGGGGGUCAUUUUUAAGUCUGGCUUUGCUUUGUGAACCUGAACCAAAUUUAUGAAGUGGUGCACCGUAAUAAUAUAUGUAGCAUGAGUGCUAUGUGGUUUACACCUUUAGGUUUAAACUACACUAGGGGGUUGCCUGGUGUGGGUUGCACCUUCUUUGCGUCUUUUGCAAACGUCGCACAUAGUAAAUGAGCCAUGAUCAAGGUCUAAUCUCACUUUUAGCUCAUAAACAUAGACCACUGUGACAAAUGGCGAGGAUCACUAAGUAUAGCAAAUUUAACAAAUGCAGAAGAAAAUGUGACAGUUGUCAUAACUUUCUCGUUUUUUAGACCACAAAACUAACAUAUCUAAUUUGAUAAAUCUCCCCGAGUGCUUAUUACAUGUAUUCUAUUUAUGUAUUUAUUUAUUUUACAUAUGUACUGUGUACAAGUGCCUGUUUUGUGUUGGCAGAAAGGAGUAGGCACAGGGAAUCUACUUUCUUCAUGUCUUCACUCCCAUAUUAACCAAAACAAUCCAACAGGAUUUAUUCGAAUGAAUUAGCAAUAUACCCAUACUAUUGCCAAUAUUCUCUUUAAAGGGGUUGUCUGGGUUCAGAGCUGAACUCAGACAUACCCAGAAUUUCACCCAUGCAGCCCCUCUGACAAGAGCAUUGGAGCAUUU